UAAAGUUUUUGUGUGCUGUGUGGAACGGACGUCGGCUAAGCAGAAGAAAAAAUAAAUAAAUAAAACAGCACCAUGUCCUUCCUUGUCGUUUUACUCAUUCUUUACAUCAUUUGGGAUGUCAACUAUUUCAUUCGCUGCAUUUUCACUGUCCUAGCUGGCCGUCUGUUCCAGGGUAAACGCAAAGUCACUGACACCACAACCAUCUAUGGUUUGUGCACCUCGCAGGAUGUCGAUAUCUUCAUUCGUCACAUGAAUAAUGCUCGCUAUUUGCGUGAAUUGGAUUUUGCACGCUUCCAUUUUUAUGCGCUGACCGGCCUGUACGAGCAAGUACGCCAGCGCAAAGGCGGUGCCGUACAGGGUGCCUCGAGCGUACGCUAUCGCCGCACCAUUCCCAUUUUCCAUCCAUACAAAAUUCAGACAAAACUCAUCUGGUGGGACGAGAAGGCAAUCUAUUUGGAGCAAUCAUUUGUGACAUUGUCGGAUGGAUUUGUGCGCGCUGUGGCCCUCUCGAAACAAUGUAUCACCAACUGUGAUGUGACGGAAGUGAUGAAGACCUUCCCGGAAGCUAGCACGCGACCGGAAAUGCCAGCCGAUCUAAAGCUGUGGUUGGACUCGAUUGAAGUAUCUAGUCAGAAGUUGCGCAAGGAUAAGUGAAUGAGGAGUGUUCUUAAUAAUGCUGACUUUAGUUUUUUUUUUUUAAUAAUUUUUAUGAUGUACAUAUUCACCCACUUAUAUACUCAUAUUUAUAGGUAAUACAAUUUUACUUUUUAUAUUUUCUUGCCAAGUAAAAGCGUCGUGACGGAGAAAAAUGAAUUUUUUACUUAAUUAUAAUGGUCAUACUCAUUUAACAAGCAGUGGCGUUAAAAUAAAAACCAAAGAGCUUAUUUUCAAGUAAAAUUUAAAUACAUAUGUACAGAAGCGCUUAUUAAAAAAACUCAAAGUUCAAUAACACAGUUCGUAUUUCAACACAUAAAAUCGCAGUGAGCUCGAUAAAGGUGUAGUGAUCUACGCAAUAGUAGCAACUAAAACAUUUACCUUAGUACAUUG